AUGCCGCCGUCCCGCGCUGGGGCCACGGAGGUGUUCCCCUGGGAGCGCGCGGCGGUGCUGGCGUCGUGCGCGCUGUCGGCGGCGGGCUCGGGGCUGCUGGUGGGGACGCACGCCCGGUGGCCCGAGCUGCGCACCCGCCCGCGCCAGCUGCUGCUCUACCUGUCGCUGGCCGACCUGCUCUCGGCCGCCGCCUACUUCUACGGCGCGCUGGAGGCCUUCGAGGGACCCUCGGGGGGCUGCGUGGCGCAGGGCGCGCUCUCCGCCUUCGCCAACACCAGCUCCUUCUUCUGGACCCUGGCCGUCGCCCUCUACCUCUACCUCGCCAUCGUCCGCGCCGCCCCCGCCGGCGCCGCCCUCCUCGCCCUCUUCCACGCCGUCAGUUGGGGAGUUCCUCUUGGUAUCACGGUGGCGGCCGUUGCCCUGAAGAAGAUUGGGUAUGAUGCCUCCGAUGUCUCUGUUGGCUGGUGCUGGAUCGACAUCGAGGCGGAGGAUCGGGUCCUUUGGAUGCUGUUGGCAGGAAAGCUGUGGGAGAUCCUGGCCUACUUUACCUUGCCCAUCUUCUACAUCCUUAUAAGAAAGCACAUCAGCCGAGCGCACGCAGCGCUCUCCGAAUACCGCCCCAUUUUGUCGAGGACCCCGGCUUUCCAGCCAAGAACCUCAAUAGCAGACAAGAAAUUGAUCCUGAUCCCGGUGAUCUUCAUCUUUCUCCGCAUCUGGAGCACCGUCCGAUUCGUGCUGACCCUCUGCGGUUCCCCUUCAGUUCAGAACCCAGUUCUAGUGGUCCUUCAUGGCAUCGGGAACACGUUCCAAGGAGGCGCCAACUGCAUUAUGUUCGUAUUUUGCACCCGGGUGGUCCGGAACAAGCUCUUUUCUUGCCUGUGCUGCCGGCGAGACAGCGGCCUGGAUCCUUCUCUUCCUAGCCCGGAGGACUGCCGCCAGAACCAUGUGGCGUUCCCCAAGGACUGGGAAUCACCAGACAGCGAGUGGGACAGAGCAGAACUGUCAAGUACCUGAGCUUCAGAACAUCCUCAUCUUGAAGAAGGACGUGGCCUUACCCA